AUGAAUAGCGUGCUAUUUAGCCUUAGCGGGGUGUUUCAGACUGAACUCUUCGCCGGGUCUCAUACGACCCCCCUAUCUGUCUGCGCGUAUAAUAAGACUCUGCUGCUGCCCCCUAUGGAUCCCUUUUCCCCUCCGCCUCUCCCGUAUGUCUCUACCGUGCGCGUCGAGGUGCACGUCGGGUGGUUUGUCGACCCCAAGAUGACCGCCCCGACGUCGAAGAGGCCGGAGCGUAGGCCGCUGUCCUUGACGCGGUCUAUUCUCAAUUUCGUCAAAUUGGACUUCUUCGAUUCCAAGCGACGGUCUCGUCUCCCCUCCGAAUCCAGGUCGAAAUCGCCGUUAGACUUUUUUGACACCAAGCGCCGGUCAUUCUCGAACACGCGGACCACCUCUUCGCCCAAGCCUAAAUCCCCACAACCCCGCUCCCGCCGAUCCAGCGACAUCUCUCGUCCAUAUCCCAUCCACCACCCAACGCGCCGUGCACAGAUAUCCCGCCGAAUCCACUCCCUCCCCCCUGAGCUCCUCGCCCACAUAUUCGUGCUCGGCUCUCAAGAUGAUUACAUGUUCCCCGUAACAGUAUCGCACGUCUGCUUCACCUGGCGGGACGUCGCCCUGCGCACGCCCCCGCUCUGGCGCCGCAUCUGCUUGGACCAGCGUACGGAAAUGUGGAAGGAGCGUAUCCGGCGCGCGAAGGCGUGUUCUUUGGAUAUCCAGCUGUCCUCGAAGAUAUACAGGAACGCGGACACGGGGAGGUUGGUACGCCACCAGGUUCUGGAUUUCUAUAACAUCCACUGGUAUAUGCACGUCGCAAACCCCCUGAUACACCGGUGGCGAUCUCUGGAAAUCGUAUUCCAUGAUUACGCGCCCUGGCUCUGGAACGCCGCGCUCUCGGAGUGCUGCAGCAAGAAUCCGUACCUCUCCGCUCCCGCCCUGGAAGAGCUCGUGCUUAUCCAUCCCACCAACGACGACACGAAAGAAUUCCUGCUCUUCGGCGGUCGUGCGCCGCAGCUACGCCGCGUCGCGCUGAAUGGUAUCCGCUUAGUCUGGCUCCCAUCCUUAUUUUCGAACCUGACGCUCUUGGAUUACACGCAUCACGGGUUCACCGUCGGCUCGCACGCGGUGGAGGAGGUGCUCAGCAUGCUAAGCAUAUCCAGCCGCCUUACCGAGCUGCGGGUCACUUUCCCCGUCCGCAUGGCGCACGCGCCGCCGCCUUCCAUCUAUCUCGCGCAAGUCCACCUGCCCUACCUCAGGAAACUAGCCUUACGCAUCCAGUCCGCCGACAUCCCCUUCGAGCUCCUCGCUGUCGCGACGCACCUCACCACACCGUACCUCCGCUCGCUGCACCUCCUCGACGAGCGGAACGCGCGCUAUUCCUUCCCGCGGCUGCACGCAUUCCUGCGGGCGUUUCGGAAGCCGGACGGGCUGGCCAGUCUGCGGGUCGAGGGCGGCUGGUACGACUUUCGCUUGGUGGCGAAGUGGGUCGGCCGCCUGGGGAGCCUCGCGAGGUUCGUGGUGAAAGACGGGGACGGCAGGGAGCGAGUGCUGAUUGGCGGGGUUGCGGGCGGCCGUUCGAGGACUGCGAGCAGGGGCAGAGAAGUGGGAAGGUGAUGACCCCCUAACGACUUACGAAUAACUUAAGUAUUCGACCCAGACUUGCUCUAACUAACGUACAUUCGGACUUCUUGUGCCAAUUAGUGCUUCGACAUGCAUGCAUACAUCCUAUCCUGCUGUAUCAAACAAACAAUUCCGUACACCUAUCCUACUAAACCAUGUACAU